GUUUAACAGAUUGCAUAUUAGUUAAAGACUUCAACCAUUUUAACAGUCGUGGAAUUAACUUCGAUGUUCGUUCAAAUCCACUUCAUAACAAUAUAUUUGUUAAUGGCGGUGAGCGAUGGAGAAUUAUGAGACAAAAGAUGAGUCCUGGGUUUACUUUUAAUAAGCUGAAGUAUAUGAUAGAUCAAAUAAAAGAGUGUAUCGAUUGUUUGAAGUUGAACAUAGAUAAAAUAGUAAAAGAAGAGUCUGGCGAAAUAGAAAUCAGAGAUAUGAUGUCCAAAUAUUCAACAGACGUUAUUGGUAGUUGUGCUUUUGGUCUUAAAUUAGACGCCAUCAAUGAUCCUGAUUCGGAAUUCCGAAAAUACGGUAAAGCUGUUGUUACCCCUUCUAUUAGAAAUCAGAUUAUUUCAGCGAUUUUACUUACCCAACCGUUAUUAUUACGACUUUUGCCAAAAAACAAUCGUCGACAAGAAACAAUUUCAUUCUUCAAAAAUGCCUUCCAACAAACUAUACAAUAUAGAGAGAAAAAUGGAAUAGAUCGUAAAGACUUUGUAGAGCAAUUGAUGAAAGCUAGAGAGGAUUUAGUUCUCAAUCCAGAAUCAAAAAAUACUGGUAAAUUAAUUUUUUAUAUUUUACAAAUAAAUUUGUUCUACUGCAAUAAUAAUAAAAUGAUGUAUAAAUGUGAAAGGCAAAAAACAAAAUUAAAUAUCACAUCUGGCCGUAUUUCAUAAUUCUAUAUAACUUGU